AUGUUGAAGUCAAUUUGUAAUGAAACUAAAUCAUCAGAAAUUAUCACAUAUGAAAAUGAAAAAUUUUCAUCAGAAGACAAAGCAAUCAAAACGUCAAUUGAUUCUGAAAUUAUAAAUAAUAGAUCUCCAAAAUUGGAAUCAAAUGUCGCAACAACAAAAAAAAUAGAAUAUGAAGGCGUUGUAAAAUGUCCCAUUCCUGAAAAACAACCAAAAAUGGAGUCAAUAAAAAAAGAACUUAUUGAAGAGGUAAAGCCCUCAAAUGAAAAAAAUUGUCAUAAAGAAGAAAAAUGUUCUGAUGAAAAAGAAAAAAUUUCUGAUGAAAAAGAAAAAUUUUGUGAUGAAAAAGAAACUAACAGUAAUCAAUUGCUUCCAAAAGUUACUGAGAAAUAUAUGAAAUUCAUUAAAAUAGAAGUUGACCCAAAUGGUCUAGGAGAAUUUGUUAGAACAGAUUGGAUGACAGUUAAAAAACAUUUAACCAUAAAAGAACAAAAAGAAUUUGUUGAUGAAUUUAUUCGUCUUGCUUACUGGGAGGUAGAUGAAAUUGCAAUUUUUGCUUGUGCUAUAAUUGAUAAUGGUGCUAAAGAUAUAGAAGAUAUGUUUGAAUGGUUAAUAAAAGAUUAUUCAAAUCUUCCUGUUAAAUAUGGUUCAUUAACUAGUAAACAAGCUGUUCAUGUUACAAAAUAUAAAGAUUAUUAUCAAAAAGUAAUAGAUAAUUAUUGUAAUGGGACAUUUAGAUACGGUGGAUUGGAAGCUUUAAGUAUUGUAGGAAAGAAAAAAGAAGAAUGUGGUGACAUAUUUGAAGAAUAUUUAGAAAAUUUAAAUACCAAUAUAAUAACUGGUCCAAUUAUGCCAUGGGGAAAAUUUACUAUUGGUACAAAUAUGCGCCCAAUUGACAGUAAUGAUGGUCCAAUUUUUUGGGUACGUCCUGGUGAACAAUGUUUUACAACUGAUGACAUUGAUGGUAAUAUCAAAGAAAAAUCAAGACCAAAAUAUUGUGGACUAAGAAGACAUGCAAAAAGAGAAAUUCAUUAUGAAGAUCGUACUCCAUCUCAUGCAGAUUUUACUAGAUGUGGUUUAAUACAAGAUUGUACUGGAGCUGUUGGAAUACUUAAAGCUAUUAGAAGUCCUUCUGAUCCAUACAAUGGAAUAAAUAGAAUUUUAAAAGAUGUUGUUUGUUUUCCAGCAAAAUAUAUUGAAGAAAUUGUCCAACUUUUGGAUAUCAAUUUAUCUCAUCCACCAUUAAAUCAAUGUAAUAUAUGGGUUGACGAAGCUAAACUUAAUCAAAUUAGACGUAAUGAUAUAAAGUAUGUUCAUGUAUCUUUAAAAGAAGAUUGUGUAUACUUUUUACCUAGAAAAGUAGUCCAUCAAUUUAGAACUAUUUCAGCAUGUUCUUCAAUAGCAUGGCACGCAAGAUUAAAGCAUUAUUAUGAAAAUGGGAAAUGUAAAAUUAUUUUAGAUCAUGAAUAUAAACAAACCAAAGAAUAA